AUGCACUCUCAACUGUUCGUGUGCGUUUUGGCGAUUUUCACGGACUUUCUAGAAGCCGAGCCGCUGCCCGCCGAACUCGAACUCAUUUUUGUGCAUACGGUAGGUGUACGGUAACCGCCCACGAACUGUGUUUGUCAAUUUGAAGGUCUGGCGACACGGAGAUCGCAGUCAAGAGGGUCAUUUGAACAAUGAUCCGGUUGAUCCGUCGAAAUGGAUCAAAGGCGGCGGCGGUUACGGUCAGCUGACACCGGUAAUGUCAAACUUUUCUGCAUUUUGUCGUAAGAUUCGGUGUAUUGACACUCAAAUCCACGCGAAACUUCAGAAUUUUUAGGAAGGAAUGGAACAACAUUUCAUAUUGGGCAAAAAAUUGCGAGAUCGUUAUAUCGCAACCGGAUUUUUACACAGUUUCUAUGAUUCUCAACAGGUUUUUCUGAACAAAUUGUAGCACACAAUAUCAAUGCGAAAUGUCUAGAUUUAUAUCCGAUCGACCGACGUGAAUCGUACGAUAAACUCGGCAAUCUCGAACAUGUUGGGCAUGUACUCGACGCCCGCACGACCAGGUUAGUCGUUCUUCUUAUCUAGAUAUUGCCGUACGUCGGCGAAACGUGCCGCCAUACACAGGAAAAACGGGAACACUCGGGGAUUACUGAGCGAUCACCGAGUAGACGCUGAUUAGCCAGAAAUCAGUAAUCGGUCAGUGAACAGCCACUGAAGGGGACGCUAAGCAGUGAGGAAUCACUGUCCGAUUACUGAGGAGCGCAGUGAGAAAUUAGCGAAGCAUGAGUGAAACGCGAUGAGCGAAAGAUUAGUGAGGAGAAACUGAACAGAACGGGAUCACUGAGAAGUUAGUGUAGGAUCACUCUUGAAACGGGAUCACUCUAGGAUUAGUCUAGUGUUGCCGUCUUGCCCACACUCUAAAAAUUUACAAGUCCUGACAAUAUGCCCUUGUUAGCAUUUAUAAGUAUCAUGUUGGAAGCGGUAACUUGCUUUUUUGUAAUUAUGAUUUUUUUCUGUGUUACUCUGAGAUUUUUCCGCUGUCGCAAAGUUUUGCCUUCGAAGUUUAAAAUUUCUUCACUCGAACUGUUCGUCGAUUUUUUUUUGCACUUUGUUCAAUUUUCAUGUAAUGGGGCUAUUCAGCGUCUGUUUGUUUUCCGUUUUUUUACAUCGCUGAAUUAUAUUUUUUGACGUAAAAAAAACGAAAAAAACGGAAAACAAUCUUUUUUUUCACAGCCUGAAUAACCCCAUAAGUGUGCAGUGUGCCUUACCGAAAGGGUUUCGGUAAAUUUACCGGUAAAUUUACCGGUAAAAAUUUCGGUAAAUUGUCGGUAAAUUUUCGGUAAAACUUUUUUUUUACCGAAAGAGUUUCGGUAAAUUUUCGAAACAAUUUACCGAAAGUUUACCGAAAAUUUACCGAUAAAUUUACCGGUAAAUUUACCGAAACUAUUUCGGUAAAAGUUUCGGUAAAUUUUAUCGGUAAAAGUUUCGGUAAAUUUUAUCGGUAAAUGGGUACUUUUUCGAAACAAUUUUCAAUUUUGAGAACGGAACAUUGAGGCGACUGUUCAGCGUGUUCCUGAUGUUUGGGAUGUUGUUCAGAAUGUUCUAAAUUGGUCACAUCAGUCACUUCCCUUGUCAAAAAAAGAACGAGCUCGGUAAAAACGUUUUUACCGAAAAUUUACCGAAAUUCACUUCUUUCGGUAAAAAAAAUUUCGGUAAGGCACACUUAAAGUGUGUAAAGAAGAAAGCGACGAACAGUUUGUUUGUAAAUUUUUUAACUUGGAGCGAAAAUGCAUAUAAAUUCAACUGGGUGACUUUUUGCUGACUGCAAAGGCAAAAAACGAUAUCAUUCGUGUCCUUUGACUACUUGGACUUGUUCUCAAUUUUCCGAUAAUUUUUAUUUGAACCAUCACAUCGAAAUACUCUUCCCCCUUAGUCCAAGUGAAAAAAGGCAAAGACUCGAGUAAAACGGGAAACAAUGAGCGAAGUGAACGGGAACAGAGGGAAGCGAACGCGGGGAAGUGAGGAAUCAGCGACGGAUCAGUGAACGGAGGGGAAGAGCGGGAAGCGAACGCUGGGCAGUGAGGAAUCAGUGAGGAAUCAGUAAUCGGCGAAACGGGAGUUCAGUAACCGAUUGUUCCACGCUCAGUGGUUAGCGUGUCUAAUCCUUCAGUGAUUCUUCGCUGUUCCCGUUUUUCCUGUGUAGCUCAGUCGGUUAGAGCGUGGGUCUAAUAAGCCCAAGGUCGCAGGUUCGACCCCUGCUGGCGGCAAACUUUUUUGUGUGUUUAGGCAUCGACUUCCCCGACAUUGACGGCUGGCCACGUGGCUUCAUGCCAGUGCCCGUUCACAGUUUGGGCUCGCCGAGCGACGAUUGUGUGGCCAGCGCGUUUUGCUCGUGCAAACGGCGUGAUGCGCUUUUGGCGAUUGCUCACACAGGCGAGCAGUUUCAGAAAUACGUGACGUCUGAAAAUGUACGUACUUUCUUGCUGAAAUUUAAAAUAUUUACUUUUAGUAUCUAAAUACGACCGCCCAUAUUUCCGAAAUAUUCAACUCGACUUUCACCUACAAUAACUUGUGGAAAGCCCACGACGCAGUCAUGAUUCAGGUAGUUUUUGAAAUCCCAAAACUGUAAUGUCAAUUUUUCUCUAGCUAAUCCAUUUCCCGGAAAUCGUGCAAAACCAAUCGUGGUACUCUCCCGAAUUCUACGAUAAUCUUGAAACACUCGAAAGAACGGCGAAAGCGUUCGUUUCCGGACUGUACGAUCCGCCCGUCGUCAACGGAAUCGAUGUACGCAAGGAGAUUCUGAAGACACGUGGCGGCUCGCUCAUAAACGAAAUCGCGGCGAGAAUGAGGACGAAGGCGUUGUGCGCGAAAAACACGGCAAAAUGCGACGAAUACCACCGGGAUCUGAAGUAUUAUGCCUAUUCGACGGUGCUCGGGAGCCAAGAAGUUCCAGAGAAAUUCUCAAUUUUCAGCAUGAUCACACAGUAUUCGCUCUUCUGUCAGUUCUUGGAUUAGAAGAUGUUGUGGGCGGGCCAGAGAGGCACGGAGAAUGGCCGGAUUACUCUUCGGAUAUCCUUGUCGAACUAUUUCAUAACAAAACCGAUGCAAGGCCGUACUUCAGAGUGAGUCUUCCGCGAAAUUUGUAUCCUCGAUCCAGAAAUUUCAGGUUCUUUACUUGAGAAACAUCAACUCAACAUUUGAAGUUGUUACACCAAAGAUAAAAGGCUGCAAUGAAAUGGAAUUUUGUGAUGCAAAAGUGUUCGACAAUUGUGCAAAAGAAUUCAGGCCAGACCGCCCAAUGGAGGAAUUUUGUCAAAUGGCCCCAGUUCACGAGAAUACUGUAA